ACGAGAUUCGCAGUCCUGUAUCUCUAGAGGUUUCUUGCCAAGACCAGCCAUUUUCCCUCACCUGGCUGAUCGGGACAAGCGUGAACAUGUUUAUAUCAACUCAAGCUUCCUUAUCCUGUGUGGCGCCUGCGCCGUACCUGCACCGCGCGAAUCCUUACUGCAGCGUUACAUGGUGCUUUACCGCCGCUGUGGUCUCACAGCCGAUGCGUGAACGAUAAAUUAGGCAGGCUGUUCCGUGGGGGAAGGACUGGAACGGUACCGAGUUUCUAGUACCGCGAAAGCGGAGUGGGUUGGCGAGCAUUGGUAUUUAAAGGUGCCACACGCCCUGAGGUCUAUUGCUUCAGUCACAGACGAUCAGUUCCCUUACCAGCCUCCUGCAUCCGGGACUUGGUGGUAUUCCGCUGCUCUGUCGAUCUCUCCGGGUGCCAUACAGACACGAAAUCGGCCGCUGUGAUAAGCUUCUGGCACGAUGGUCCACCUUACUCUCCCGGUCCUCUCCUUCGCCGCGGCAAGCUUGGCUGGCCUAGUUUCGGCUGGGGACUCGCUGUACAGUCGGCGCAUGUCGAAGCGAUUCAUCGACACAGAUGGCAACUUCAAUAUCUCCUUUUACCAUAUCAACGACGUGCACGCCCACCUCGAUGAGUUUUCCUCGUCCGGCACUGAUUGCACCAACCCGACGAGGGGGUGCUACGGCGGGUAUGCCCGGGUCAAGACGGUCGUCGACGAGACACGACCGGGGCAUCCCGACAGCCUAUGGCUCAACGUGGGAGAUGAGUUCCAGGGAACGCUGUUUUACAGCUUCUACCGUGGGGAGAAGAUUGCCGAGACGCUCAACCAGUUGGGAUUCGAUGCUAUGACCCUGGGCAACCACGAGUUCGACGGGGGCGAUGAAGAACUGGGCGACUUUUUGAAGAACCUGACAUUCCCUGUCAUAUCUGCCAAUAUCAUCUCCGACAAUGAGAAGCUAAACUCUACUAUCAAACCGUACCACAUUUUUGAGAAAUAUGAGCUGGCGGUGAUUGGUGUCACGACCGAGACGACGUCCAGUAUUAGCAAUCCCGGCAAAGGGACGACGUUCACCGACUCGAUCGCCGCCGUGCAGGCAUCCAUUGACGAGAUUCGCAGGACCACGAAUAUCACCCGCAUCGCAGCCAUUACUCAUAUCGGGUAUGAGGAGGAUAAGCGCCUAGCUCGAGAGACGACCGGCCUCCAACUUAUCAUGGGCGGCCACAGCCACACACUUCUCGGAGAUAUGGAGGACGCCGAGGGCAAAUACCCAACAAUCGAGACAAACAAGGACGGCGACGAGGUCUUCAUAGUUACCGCCUACCGCUGGGGCGAGUAUCUUGGCUACAUCGACGUCACCUACAACCCCCAAGGCAAGAUCCUCGCCUACCACGGCGCCCCUAUUCAUUUGACCAACACCACCGAGCAGGACCAGGGUCUCCAGGCGCAAAUCGAUGAAUGGAGAGGUCCGUUCGAGGAAUUCGCCAAAGAGGAGAUCGGAACCACGAAUGUCCUGCUUGACCAGUCCACUUGCAGGCAAAAGGAAUGCACACUGGGUGACCUCGUCUCCGAUGCUCUCUACCAGUUUCGCGUGGACGGUGGCAGCGAGGCUGCCUUUAGCAUCGUGAACGCGGGUGGCAUCCGGGCAUCCAUCGAUGUAGGCCCGAUCACGCGGGGGGAGGUGCUGACGGCGUUCCCUUUCGGCAACGCGGUCGUUGAGGUGCAGUACUCGGGUACCGACCUAUGGAGGAUUUUCGAGGGUUUGGUAAGCGGCGUCAGCCAAUUUAACGGGCGAAAUGUCACCAGCUUCUUCCAGGUUAGCCGGGGCAUCAAGGUCGAGUACAACCCGAACAACGCCGUUGGCCAGCGCCUAGUUCGCCUGACCAUCGGCGGCGCACCCGUCGAUCUCACCCGCGAGUAUGUCGUUGUGACUGUCGACUUCCUCACCGGCGGAGGCGAUAACAUCUUCGAGCCCGUUAACGACGUCGUCGCUCUGGAGACGAUGGACGAGGUGCUAGUCAGCUACAUCCGCAAUAAUAGUCCAAUCGACUUCGAGCUCGAGGGCCGCAUCGCGAUCGUCGAAGGUAGCAGCAACGGUAGCAACAGCGAUACGCCCGCGAGCAAUACUACAUUCACAACUAGCCCGGCUUCACCGAGCACAACCGGCCCUCUGGCGCCGACCAUAACACCAAGCAGCGCUGACAAGGUCGGCGGCGUAGUCUCCUCGGCCAUGCUCCUAGUCUUCACGGCUAUGCUGGCUGUCGUGGUGUCGUCGUAGAAGGGGUGCCUCUCGGGUUUGCGUGGCCGAUAGAAUUAGACUUAUAUAAACGCACAAUCAACAAGCUUAACAAGGAAUGGUGAUGAUGGUAAUGAAUGCUAGAAUAAUGUGUCAUUCCCUUAUUGCUGCUAUCCAGCAUGGGUCAACCUCUUCAUUUUGACCUGGCUAAGCGUCCACAUCUCCGGGACGAUACUUGAGCCGUCUUGUGCCUCAUCUUCGCUAAGCCGGUUGUCAUAGGAUGCCUG